AUAAAAGCCGAUACCGAUGUGUUAUAGCGUCAUUCUAUCUUGUUUCGUUCCAGAGAAGGCCGCUUUACCAGUUUAAGCAAUAUGUUCUACUUGCUGUUCCUGGCCUGCCUGGCCAUGGCAACCGGUCACACCUUUAAUACCGUUUAUUCGUGGAAGCAGGUCGAAUUCAAACUGCCAAAUGAUACCAUCCGAAACGAGUACAUAGCUUCCGGCGAUUACAUUCCGGAAAAUAACAUGCCAUUAGGUUUGGCCAUUUGGCACAAAAAAAUGUUCGUCACGGUACCGCGGUGGAAGAAAGGUGUUUUAGCUACUUUAAAUAGCUUUUCAAUGAGCGACAACAAGCACAGUCCAGCCUUAAUACCGUAUCCUGAUCUUGAAGCAAAUAACAUUAGUUCCCCUGAUGGCCUCGUAAACAUAUUCCGUCUCAGAAUCGAUGCUUGCGAUCGUAUGUGGGGUCUUGACACAGGAGUAGACGAUAUUUUGGGGGACUUCAAAGUCGUGCGACCGAUGAGACUUAUUGUUAUCGAUUUAAAAACAAACAUGAUUAUACGUAGAUAUACCUUGAAAGAUACGGAUGUAAAACCGGAGUCUUUCAUUGCCGAUCUUGCGGUCGAUGUUGCACCGGGACAAUGCGACAAAGCAUACGCGUAUAUGAGUGACUUAGGCGAAUAUGGCAUAGUGGUGUACAGUUGGGAAAAGAACGAUUCUUGGCGGAUUAAUCAUCACUUCUUCCAUUUCGAUCCAUUGAACGGUGACUUCAAUAUUAGCGGCUAUAACUUCCAGUGGACUGACGGUGUUUUUGGAUUGUCGUUAACGCCGAUUGAUGCCGAUGGGAAUAGAAUGCUUUAUUUCCAUUCCAUGGCCGGUAUCACGGAAUUUUCUGUGCCUACGGAUAUUCUGCAGGACAAUCAAUUGAAAAAAUCAGGGGUCUACAGUAAUUUCCACAUUGUUGGUACCAAGGGACCAUUGACGCAAGGACCAUCUUCUAUUAUUGACCCGAAAACAUGUAUUAACUAUUUUGCUCAGGUAAACAGAAACGGUAUUGCGUGUUGGGAUAUUACGAAGGAAUUGAAUCCGGAAACAUUCAAAUUGGUGGCGCAGGACAACACAACAUUAGUGUUUCCUCAGGAUGUAGUUAUCGAUAAUGAGUCUCGAAAAUUAUACGUGCUCUCUAAUAAUUUACAGAAAUUUAUGUAUGACAGCUUCGAUCCAUUGACGACAAACUUUUUCAUUACUUCAGCUGAUCUCGACACAUUAACACCUAUGUGCAAAGAUAAUGCAGCGAAAUCAUAAAAGUCACGAAAAAAGACAUUCUAAAUUCAAUUAUAUAUGCAUAUAACACCGUAUAUAAUGACAAAUGUACUAUAAACUCUGCUUUAUAUUUGCAAAUUGUAAAAUAUCAAAUGUUUCUUAAGUAGUUGUAUUACUCUUGUAUCAAUGUUUGCAGAUUUAAUUGUAAUUUUUUCUUCAUUAAACGUGUCAUAUUAUUAA